CUUGAGAUCGCUAUUAGGUGCUAUCAAGUGGUCAUAAAUAUUUACAAAAUAUCAAAUUGUGAGUGUUUUUCGCAAAUAAAAAAAUACAAAAAAAAAACAAAAAAUGGUUUCACGAAGAGUGACGAGACAUAUGUUGUCGGCCUUUGUAAAGGCCAAAGACACGAACCCCCAUGAACAGCUAGAGCACUUUACCAAUGUACAGGUAUUGAUUGAAACUGUUCCAGAAUUGGAAGCCCGUUUAAUAUUAAUGGAGCCAAAAAAUAUUCCAUUGCGUCGGCAAUCAACGUCGAUGAUUCGGCCAAAGGCAAUUAUGAAACGAAGACAAACAGUUAUUGGUCGUUCUCAAAAAGAACAACCAAAAAAAGUGUGUCGUUUGUCAGUAUCACAAAAUGAUCACAAUGUACCGAUUGAAUCACCUUCGCUUCCAGCUGAUAAAUCAUCUUCACAAAUGUGCGAAUCAUCCAACCAGCAAUAUGGGACAAAUAGAAACACCGCCAUUAUACAUCAAACAGUAUUAUGCGAGAGUCUAUCCACACCACAGUCUGACCAGCAAGAUAAGCCGCAUGCGAAUACGAUUGAACUAAAGUCUCCAGAAUUGGAAACCACCAUUGAUUCCUCAUUCAAUCAGUUUGUUCGACCAAAGGGCAUAUUAAAACGUACUCACACAUUCAUUGGUUCACAUUCACAGAAAGAGCAACGAAGGAAAUCGCGUCGUUUGUCUGUGACAAUAAAUGACCAAAUCGAAAUUUAUUCGCCUAAUGACCUAGACGAUAAUCCGAUCGAAUUAACUUCGAGAUCAUCUGAUGUAAUGCAUACACAAAUUGUGUCUGGCCAACACGGUGAGAAUAAUGAUGUUGCCGAACUAAAAUCAACAGAAUUGGACAUUGGUAAAUCGCAACAAGAACAACCUAGAAAAAUAGGUCAUUUGUCUGUGAUACAAAACGAUGACCACGAAAUUGAUUUGCACGAUGUACCGAUUGAAUUACCCACGAUUCCAGCUGUCGUGACGCACUCACAAACAGAGGAAGUGUCUGAUCAACAGUGUGAAGCAGAUGGAAAGGCAGUCGAAAUUCUAUCAACAGAUACAAAUAUAAUUCAGCAAUUUUCCAAUCUACAAAUACAUUCAGAUUCAGAAGCAAAUUCUGGUGACAACAACAAAGAAAAUAAAAGGCCAUGGUAUGAUGGGAUAACGGUUCAUAGACCAGUUUGUUUCAGAGCAAAGAGACUUGAAGACAAAAUUUAGUACAACAUGGUACAACAUUCGGCAGCAUUCAAUACCAAUCGAUACCAAUGCAUUAAAAUGUACCAAAAUACACUCACAUCGAUACAUACGUACGAAUACGCACUUGUACCAACUUGUAUGUACUCAUAUUCAUGCAAAUCAUUAUAUUCCAUUCGAUUCCGUUAUAUUCUGCUGUGUUCUGCCGUGUCUAUAUCGUCCGAUAUCGUCAUUCGAUUGCAGCCAUUCUUUGAAGCAACAUCAAACAUUACACGACAUGUCAGCUAUUAUUGCUAUCUAAAUUUUAAUUGAAUCCAUUAUAAUCCAAAUUCAUCAUUUAAUCAUUUUCAAUCGUUUUGAAUUAUUUUGAAAAAUAAUAAAAUAAAUAACUUGUUGUGUUCUUUAAUUUCACAUUGAUUUUAUUACGUUCAAUCUUGAGUUUUCUUUCAACCACUUUCAACUAUCUGCGACUAUCGGCAACUAUAAAAAUUGAAAAAUGAGCGAUUCGUACGAAGUUGAAAGCAUAAUCGGCCACCGAGUCGUAAAAGGAAAAGAAAAAUUUCUAAUUAAAUGGAAGGGAGAAGAAGAAUCAACUUGGGAGCCGAUAGAAAAUUUAUUCGGCUGUAUUGAAAUGGUGCGCGAAUAUAUGCUCAAAAAGGAAAACGAAAAAAAAGUACUCGAUCAUAUACUUGGUUGUGGCCAGCGCAAUGGCAAAAAAUACUUUUUGGUGCGUUUCAAAAACGAAAAUGAAAACAGAUUAAUUGAUUGGGAAACGGCCAAAAAGUACUCAACAAACGUGAUGGAAUAUUUUGGCUCACGACUAGCUUGGACUUCAGUGGAAAAUAUUAUAGAUCCACACGUUGAUGAUGAAGUAGAUCACGAUGACGAAUCAUUUCAAUUGCCUUCAAAAAGCAAGACGAUGCCAUCAACAAGCAAUGCACCCAACGAUAUCGAAUACGAACACUGAUAAAAAAAACUGAUAAAAAUCCAUUUAUUGCGAUGUAUCGUUAAUUUUUGUUCAUUUAAAAAUAAACAUUUAACUUCAUCAAACU